UAGUGCACCGAAACGCCUCAGCCUUGUAGAAUUCGAGGUCCAGGACAUCAUUAUCUCGCUCUCAGCGUGUCAAACAUAAACCAACCACCAACGCCAUCCCAACCCACAACCCUCACAAUGGCCGAAGUAGAACAAUCACCACCAGCAGAGCUGGCGCAGCCAGAUAACGACUCCACUGAGGAGCCCUCCACAACCGCCCUCACCACAACCUCCUCAGAAGUCGCCGCCCCCCCCGAACGCAAAGUCAAGAAGAUAAUCCGCAAAAAGCGCCGCCCCGCGCGCCCCCAAGUCGACCCCAGCACCAUGACCUCCGAGCCCCCCCCCCAAACUGGCACCAUCUUCAACAUCUGGUACAACAAAUGGUCCGGCGGCGACAGGGAAGACAAGUACCUCUCCAAGACCCACGCGGCAGGCCGCUGCAACAUCGCCCUCGACAGCGGUUACACCAAAGCUACUUCCGUCGCGAGCUCCUUCUUUUGCCUCUUCUUCGCGCGGGGGGUCUGCCCAAAGGGUCAGGAGUGCCAGUACCUCCAUCGCCUGCCGGGGAUACAUGAUAUGUAUAGUCCGAACGUGGAUGUGUUUGGGCGGGACAAGCAUUCUGAUUACCGCGAUGAUAUGGGCGGUGUGGGGACCUUUCUGAGGCAGAAUCGCACGAUUUAUAUUGGUCGUAUUCACGUCACUGACGACAUUGAAGAGGUCGUCGCGCGCCACUUCGCCGAAUGGGGACCCAUCGAACGGACCCGUGUCCUGAAUACCCGCGGCGUGGCAUUCGUAACCUACACCACAGAAGCGAACGCGCAAUUCGCCAAAGAAGCAAUGGCGCACCAGUCCCUCGACCACGAAGAGGUACUCAACGUGCGCUGGGCGACCGCGGAUCCGAAUCCCAUGGCGCAAGCGCGCGAAGCGCGGUCGAUCGAGGAGCAAGCCGCUGAAGCGGUGCGCAGGGCGCUGCCGGCGGAGUUUGUGGCGCAGAUUGAGGGACGGGAUGGAGAGGCGAAGAAGAGGAGGAGGGUGGAGGGAGGGUUUGGACUGGAGGGGUAUGAGGCCCCUGAUGAGGUGUUCUUUGCGAGGGGGGCGAAUGCGGUGAAUCCGGUUGGGAGGGAGGGGUUGGGGUUGGAGGAGGAGCAGAGGGCGAUGAUUGAGAGUGGGAUGGGGAUGGAGGGGUAUGGGGAGGUGGCGGCGAUUGAGGAGCCGGUGAGGGAGGAGAGGAAUGGGAUUUUCUCGCAGGCGACGCUGGCGGCGUUGCAGAGUGCUAGGGGGGCGGUGACGACGCAGUCGAAGACGGCGGCGCCGAAGGGGCCGUUGGUGGCGUAUGGGAGUGAUAGUGAUAGUGAUUAGGUUCACGGCUUUGUAAAGGUACCAUCCAUGGAAGACAGCAUGAGAGGAGUUUUUGGCGCUGAAGAAUUAUGGGUAGCGUGGGAUUGAGGCAUUUGUAUGUAGAAUAGCGUCGGCGGGACUGAUAAUUUGAAAGAUGCUG